AUCAUGGUAUCACAGUUUUUUUUUUUCCACGUUUAAUCACAUGUUCACAACAUUUCUUACAGGUUGAAAGAGGCAUUAACGCAAUAGACUGACUAAGGAUGGACCAUUUUACAGUCAUGAUAAAGUAAAUAUCAGACAAAUCCCACACUAGUAGUAAAAGAGGUUUGCAUGGCCCUGUGUUAGCACUGCCAGCUGAUGUGGAAAUCCAGGGACAACUCAGAGAUGUUAUCAAGAUGAAAUUAAGUAACGGGGACAAUUAGUUUAAUUUAUUUUGACUUAUUUAUUUAUAUUCAAACAUAUUUAAACUGCUACGUCUGAAAUGUCAGUUACAGUGUGACUGGCUAUCGUAAUAUGUAUGUCUGUGCGCUAAACAUUUUUUUUUCUCAUUCAUAAAGCUAAAAAUGAGAACACUUUCAGGGACAGCUAUAGCCAGGGGCCAGGUCAUCCAAACGGGGACUGUCCCCAGAAAAAGCACGGACGCCAGAGGCCUAUAUCAAGAAGCGAGCUCAACUUACCUGGCGUUACUCCCAACCUAUCCAGCUGAUUCUAUCCACAACAAUGACAAUCUGGAUAAGCGGUAUCAUGACGCUGGUUAUCAACUCUGUAACUUAACCCAGGUUUGUCUUGUUGUGAAUCGGUGAACGCGCACAUAUAAGGGCGAGUUCCAAGGCAGCGGACCAAUCCCAGUCAUAAGCGCUGAUCCGCUAGCAAAACUGACACCAUACUUCUUCUGUGAGGAGCAAAGAUUGAUUCUCUUCAAAUAUGAAGAAAAGGUCAAUCUCAUUGAAAAGUCAAACACCGUGGCUGCAUCAAAGAGAUGCCAAAUGGCAUGGCAAAGGAUUGCAGACUGCAUAAAUGUGUAAAUUACGCAUCAAUGGCUCAAUUAGUUUACAUUUAACGAUGCCACGAAACCCAAUCACUGUGCUGUAUAGAUGAAUUGCGUGUAUGACAAUUCAUCUCAUUCCCCCAGAUGUAACCCCUCUGGAGUAAAAAGAACGUGGGACAAACCAAGCACAAAAACAUAAUUUCAUGUGUUCCAAGAUCCUCACGACAAGGCUGUCCAUUGAGUCCUGCAUUGUUUGUUCUAUCUCUUGAGCCUCUUGCCCAAACUAUUUGGCUGUCCAAUAUGAUAUCCCCCAUAUGUAUCCACAAUACACAGCAUCACCUUUCAUUAUUUGCUGAUGAUCUGUUGGUGUUCUAAGAGAAUCCAUCUCAAUCUUUUCCUAACCUUUUGUCCAUUUGUGCCUCUUUCUUUCUUCAAUUGGUCGAAGUCUGCAUUGUUACAUUUAAACGACUCAACAGUGUCUGUUAGUAUUCCCAGAGUUAAACAAUUUAAAUAUCUAGGCAUUGAGGUAUUCCCAUCUUUAAACCAGAUGAUUAAACACAACUACUCAGUCGCUCUCACCAAUGUCUUGAAGAACUUGGAGGGAUGGACAUGCCUCCCCAUGUCUAUUCAAGCCCGUAUCUCUGUGAUAAAAAUGAAUAUCCUGCCCAGGAUUAACUUUGUCAGCUCUAUGUUUCCUCUCUCCCCUCCAUCAGAUUACUGGACUAAACUACAGUCUGCUGUAUCUAAAUUUGUGUGGAAAGGUAGGCGACCAAGAUUAAAGAUGUCUGUACUACAGUGGAGAAACGAAGAUGGUGGCCUUUCUGUCCCUAACUUCAAACUGUAUUUCUGGUCGUUUGUCCUAAGGCCUCUCCUUACCUGGUUUAAUCCGCAUACUCCUAUCGCUUGGCGUAAUUUAGAGAGUUCAUUGUUAAUGCUGUGGUCCCUACGCAACAUACUUUUUGCUAAUAUCUCUAACAAACAGUGCCAGCUGCGCUUUAGUCUUAUAGUUUCUUAUCUUAUAAGGACCUGGAGACUGAUUAAAGCAUAUCGUCGUAUAUUAACUAAUUGGCAUACCCUCUCACCAAUAUUUAACAAUAAGGCACUUCUAAUUGGGGGAAGACCUGUAUCAGCUCCGCAGUGGGAGCUAAGGGGAGUUCAUUUUCUUAAAUAUAUUUUAUUCUUUCUUCUCUUUUAUGGUCUGCUCUCUUUCUCUAACAUUCAAAGUGCAUUCAGCCUGCCACUUUCCUCCUUUUUCUUUUAUUUACAGCUAAGAUCAGCGCUCAAGGCAUAUGGUGUCCCCUGGCAUGGUCCCUCGGGUAUGGUAUCGAGUCUCUACAGGUUUUUGGUGGUACCUGAAUGUGUUUGAUUCCCUGUACAAUGUCUCUGGGAACAAUGUUGCAUCUAAACUUUCGGUCUUGAUCCAUGAUGUGGUACCAGUAGCGCUGAAUGCUUUGAUUCUGAAUGACCUGUCACGCCUUCAACUGAUUAAAAGCCAGAAGCGUGCAGUGUUUGUUGGCCUAACAGUUGCUAAGAAGAUGAUUGCAACUCGCUGGAAGCCAUCUCAUGAUUUGUCUACUCGAACUUGGACAGUUUCCUUUUUGGAUGUCUUAUAUAUGGAACUCCAAAAAAUUUGGACACUUGGCACAAUAUUGCUCUAUCUCUGAAACAGAUGCUGUAAUCUCUGUUAUGUCUAUGUCCCUCUAUUUGUUUGUCUUGUCUUUCAUGUUUGUAUUGUGUUCUUAUAUAUCAUUGUAUGUACUUUGUUUCGUGUCCCCUUUUUUUUUUUUUGGAAAAAUGGGCCUGAAAGAGUGGCUGCGUGUUGCUGGUGGCUCUGUGAAGAAUAACCUUUUUGGGUUAUUCUUAGUGUGUUAAUGGUUGCUUUUUGUCUGACUUGUUGGGGUUUUUUUCUACCCAAAAUGGUUUUUGGUCGUUUUUGUCUUUUUGUGCUGUUUUUUUGUUUGUCUGUUUGUUUUUUCUGGACUUUUAGUUUUUUGGUUGUGUUGUUGGUCGUUGGCUGCAGAGUUCUGUGGAGUGGCCAUUGUGUCUUUUAGUGUAUUGUUGCAAAUUCUUGCUAUUGGCUGCUAGCGCUGUCCAUGUCCCCUGAGCUGCCCGGAGUGAGGGCGAAGUGCUGUGAAUGCCAGGCUGAGAAUCCCACUAAACCUCUGAAGAAGUCCUGGGGAUCAUGAGGUCUUUGGCAGAGGGAUCAAUGCGCUGUGUGCAUUUGAUGGGACCCACAGCACAUCUGUGCCCGGAUUCAGACUCUAUGGGCGGACAUGCUCCGUUUGAAUUUACAUCCCACCCUCACAAUGCCAUUGACGCCAUUUGACAUGAUGCCUCUUUUGCUAUGCAACUGAUCAAGAAGCCAAACACCUCAGACACUGUUUUUGCCAACUUGUAUGUAGGCCUAAUACUAAUUCUGUACAUGUUUUGAUUACAUUGUUUAUUUUUAUUUUUCUUUAAUUUAAUCUCAUUUGUUUUAAAUUUCUUGUGGUUUUUUGUGUUGUUUACGUCAUGGACAUGGACAUGAAAUCGUGUGGGGUUGUUUGGACAAAAAUCAGAGCUCAAUGUUCCUAACAGGAGUGGAAGAUAAAAAAUAAAAAAAAAGAUAUUGUAAAUAAAUGUAAAAAUAAAACAUCUGCUGACUGUACUAACAUCAAUAUGAAAAAAGGGUCAUUGAGGGUAUUUAAACCAUUAACAUACAUCUGUAACAUCAAAUAUAACACCAUUAAUGAUGUAUUAAUGUGUUUGUAUUGAUUUGUAUAAGGAGAGUUAUGGGUCCCAGACAGUUCUAGAGAAGCAGCAGCGAAGCGUGUAAGACUGCAACUCUGCUUCCUGUUCUGAACUCUGGGUUGUCAUUGUUUUGGGGGGUUAAUAAAAUCAGGCAAAUCCCUAGAGAUAAGAGAAGCACCCGCCAGGGUGGGGUGAACUCCAUCUCGCCUAAUCAGACCAGGCUUUCCUCAAAAAGAGUUCCAAUUAUCAACGUAGGCCAUGACAUUAGCUGGGCACCACCUAGACAACAAGCGGAGGAACGAUGACAUGCGACUAAACAUGUCAUCAUGUCAUGACAUGUC